AUGAAUGUACCGAUUACUUUAAACUUAUCAAGUAAUUGGGCAUUAGUUACUACUACUUCUACGACUGCUACUACGACUACUGCUACUACAAGUUUAUCUCAAUUAUCUGUACGACAACAAACCAUUGAUAUGCAACAAACAUUUAUUGGAAAUUAUAAUAAUAAUCAGUGUCAGACAAGUAGUAAUAAUAAUCCUUCAGUUACUGAAUUAGUAAAUUUAAUACCAAUACCAUCGUCUUCCUCUUCAUCGUCAGCUUCUUCUUCAUCACCAUCAUCAUCAUCAUCAUCAUCAUCUUCGUCAUCAUCAUCUUCAUCAUCGUCGUCAUCGUCAUCAUCAUCAUCAUCAGGUCGAAGAAUCAAUGAUCCACAAUCAUAUUGGAAUGGAAUUACAUUACUUAGAGAAACAAUACCUGGUUAUUAUUCAAAUUCAGUUGGUUCAUCAAUAUUAUGUCCUAUUAUUAAUUCACCUAUUGUUUCUCAAACAACAUCAAUUACUAAUUGUACAAUGAAUUAUCCAAAUACAUUGAAUUCAUUACAUGGAUCCUCUUCAUCAUCUUCAUCAGGAAAUGUAUCAAGUACUACAGGGAAUGGAGCUACUAAAGUACCACGACAACGUAAAAAAGAUCCAUAUAUUCCUAGUUAUAUGGAUCCAGCUAAUGGUCCUGAACCUUGUGUUGUAUGUGGUGAUAAUGCAACUGGAUUUCAUUAUCGUGCUAUGACAUGUGAAGGUUGUAAAGGAUUUUUUCGACGUUCAGUACAGAAGAAACUAGUUUAUACUUGUAAAUAUAAUGGACGAUGUUCUGUAUCGGAUAAACAAAAUCGAAAUAGUUGUCAAAAAUGUCGUUUUGAUCGGUGUAUUAAAGGUGGUAUGGCCAAAGAUUUGGUUUUGGAUGAAGAAAAACGUUUAGCAAAACGUCGUUUAAUUGAAGCAAAUCGUGCACGUAAACGUGCUGAAUCUGACAAUGCAAUACAACAAAGUCAAAUGAAUUCUGGUCCAAGUCCACCUAAACAAACUAGUUACCUUCCUCCAACACCUCUUUCAACUGCUGUUUCACCACUUCAUCGUUCUCCUUUAAUAUCUCAACAGAAUGUAAUUCCAGCACAAAUUAGACAAUCACAAAUUAAACCACCAAUGGUAACCACUAAUCAACCACGUUCAGUAUUACAUAAUUAUCCAUCGAUAACAGCUCAAACAGGUGUAAUGAAUUUUACUAAUUUAUCACCAACUGAUGGUAAUUCAACUCAGCUACAUGUAUCUACAAAUCUUAGUCCAACAGUACAAUCUUCUACUAAUAAUCUUGAUCAGCAUAAUUCGACAUCAAUUCAGCCAACAAUAUAUGAUCCAAAUUGUGCUAUGCUUCCAUUAUUACAAACAUCACCAACAAGAAAUAAUCUUAUCUAUUCAGAUGGAAGUUCUCCUAUAAAUCAACAUGGUCAUUACGUAAGUACUAAUCAUCAUCCACCACCACCACAUCAUCAUCAUCAACAUCAACAUCACCAUCAACAACAACAUCAUCCUCAUCAUCCUCAACAUCCUUCUGGUCAUUCACUUCAAGUAUCAACAACCGAUUUAAUGUCAAAUAAUACACUUCAUUCAAAUUCAUUAGUGAAUAUAUCAUCUAAUAUUCCAUUAGAUGAAUCCAAUCAAAUAUAUUGGACAAAUAAUUCAACUAUUAAUGAAACAAUUGACAAUACAUUUCAUCAUCCUUUAACUACAAUACAUCAACAUCAUCAAUUACCAUUACAACAACAUCAGAAUAAUUUUAUUCAACCAAUUGUAACUGAUUCCAAUUGGAAUAAUGAACAAUUUACACAAUCAUUAAUAACUAAUGGAAAUAAUAUUACACAAUAUUGUCCAGUUAGUUUAAUGAAUGAUACUUUAUCAUAUGAUCAACAUCAACGAAAUCAUCAUCAACAACAUCAUCAUCACCCUGAUCAUCAACAUCAACAUCAUAACCAUCAGCAACAACAACAGCAGCAACAACAACAACAACAACCGUCAUCAAUGUCACAUCAAAAUCAUGAUCUUAAUUUAGUGAUGAAACAAACUAAUCCCAUAAAUAUCUUACAUUAUGAUCCACUUAUAAAGAAUAAUUUAACAAAGAAUAAUGAUGAUGUUAGUGAAAUGAAAAUUGCUAAAUUAGAUGAAAGAAAAUUUACUGUACCAAUUACUUCUAUAAAUACACCUUCUAUUAUUAAUCCAUUUUCUAUUACUGACUAUUCAUCAUCAACGUCGUCGUCGUCAUCAUCAUCAUCAUCAUCUUCCUCUUCUUCAUCAUCAUCAUCUUGUUCCUUGUCAUCGUCGUCAGCAUCAUCAUUAUCAUUAUCUUCAUCAUCAUCAUCGGUAACUUUGACAAAAAACACUGAAGAUCAAUUACAAUUAAAUUUAAAAAACGAUGAUGUUUUAAAUGCAACAGAUGAGUUAUUUGUAUGGACAACUGAUGAUCAAAAUCUAAUGAAUUCAGUAUGUAAUGCAUAUGAAUCUACAUAUUUUGAUAAAGAUUCACCUGAUAAUAAAACAAUGCAAAAUCAAUUAUCUGGUACAAAUAAUAAAGAUAUUACUCAAUCAGGUGAUAAUUCUCAAUUGAAUUCAGGUGAAUUUGUAAUUAAAAGUAUUGUGGAUUCACAUGUGACCGGAUUUCUCACAAAGUUAGAUGAAGUUGAACAAGAAGAUAUUCAGCAUGCUAGAUCAUUUUAUAUGACAACAUUUCAUGAUUUAGCUUAUCUUAUUGAACCAGCAAUAACACGUUUAGUGAAAUUUGCUAAACAAAUUCAAGGAUUUGAUACACUUGAAGUAGAUGAUCAAAUCCGUUUAUUAUGUGGUUGUUGUAUUGAUCUGAUCACUUUAAGAGCAGCUUAUUAUAUCAGUAAAUCAGCUAAAGUUCAAGGAUUAGUUGAUAAUGCAUUAUUGAUUCGAGGUUCCAUAACAACAGCAACAUCAUCAUCAAAUUUAUCUAAUCAAUAUAAUACAACCAUACCACAUAUACCUAAUCAUCAUUAUCCAAAACUUGGUAUAUCUGAUGAGAAAUAUGCACAAUUAAUUCGUGGUGUAGCAUUAAAAAUGGCACGUUUAAACAUUGAUCAAACUGAUAUAGCUAUGAUGGCAGCUAUUUUAUUAAUGUCUCCUGAUCGUAAUGAUUUAUUGGAUGUAGAAACUAUAGAGAAUAAUCAAAAUAAUCUUUUAGAAACAUUUAAUCGUUAUGUGAAUCGUACACGUGGUCAAAUAAAACAAUCUAAUACUUAUCCAAUACCUAGUUCACAAUGUUGGCCAAGAAUUAUUAUGACAUUAACUGAAUUACGUUCAGUUACAAUGUGUGCACAAGAUUUAUUUUCACAAACAUCUGGUACUACUACUAAUAAUAAUACUACUGAUAAUAAUAAUCAGUUACCAUGGUAUCUUCAUGAAUUAUUUUUAGCUGAUGAAGUCAUAAACACUGUAGAAUAA